AUGGCUUCGAACCACAAAGAGCCUACGCGACCAAGGCCGACCACAGAGAAUCUGGGCCUUGCAGCAGGACUGAAUUAUCCUACAAACCCCGAUCCUCGACCGCCAAAGAUGCGCAUUCCCGUGCCUCAAGUCAUCCUGCUCCUCGCCGCCCUCUUCGGCGCCGCCGACGCUGGCUCGGGCCAUUGGAAGAGGCUGCGUCGGAUGUGUUGCGAGUGGCCGGACAACAACGUAUGCCGCGUCGGCCUCGAGCGCUGGCGCAUCUGCGACGAGGCCUGGAGGCAGGGCAAGAGCAUGGCCGGCUGCGGCGACUUUCGCCAGAACAGCGAUUUCUCCCGCGUCGCCUGUCGCCCCGGAAUCGACGGCCCGCCCGACUGGAAAGACGAGGAGAAGCCCAGGCCUUGA